AGGAAACUCUUUUUCCUACCAUGAAUAAGCUGUCGAACGCGUUAACGGUGCUCUCUACUGCGCUUGGGCUGCAAAUCUUGUUCUUUUUCUACGCCGACGCAGUUUCGCAGUAUGUUACGUGUGGGUCAGCGAUCAAACUGAUGAACGCCCAGUUGCAAGUUCGAUUGCAUUCGCAUGAUGUCAAGUAUGGUAGUGGAAGCGGACAACAGUCUGUGACCGGCACGGACGUUCAAGAGGAUGUAAAUUCUCAUUGGGCCGUAAAAGGAACUGCCAAGUCGCCGUGCACUCGUGGGGAACCUGUCGAAUGCGGUCAAGAAAUUAGAUUAGAACAUUUGACGACCAAGCGAAAUUUACAUUCACAUCUCUUUUCCUCUCCAUUGUCACGAAACCAGGAAGUUUCAGCGUUUGGCGAGGAAGGCGACGGCGACACCGGAGAUAACUGGAUCGUUGUAUGUGAGGGAGACUACUGGGAACGCAGAGAUAAAGUGAUGUUUCGUCACGCUGAUACAGAAACAUAUCUUGGAGUGACGGAAAACACGUAUGGACGACCAAUCCAUGGCCAAAGAGAAGUUUGUGCUUUUCCGACCCCGACAGCUUCAUCUCGUUGGGAAACGAGUGACGGUUUAUACAUUAUCAAAUCUGAUUUCGACCCUAUUCGGAAUGCCCACAUGGACCAUGCUCACACGGAAUUAUGAAAAUUCGUUGUAUUGUUGACAAUUGUGAUAAGUUGUUCUGUGUGCUGGGUCAAGUUUCUUAAAGGGAGUGAAAAUUUGAUUUCGAAUCCCAAACGGGCAUACUUUCUUUCUCGCUUUGUUUACGAAUUUCGAUAUCUUUUGCGUGUGUUUAUUCAAUAGCAUCACACAGCGCCGAAGCACUCUGAUUACUUCGAUUAAAUUGGCUCCUCAAUUUUUGAAGUUAAUUAUUCCGUCGGGAAAACAAACAGCACCUUUGAGCUGGUCAUACAAUAUGUAUGAGGAUUUUAAUCAGCGUUUUUGCUUGAAAUUUUGAAAAAUGCAUCUCAGUUUGUGUGUGAAGAAUGCAAAAUUAUUUCACGUGUGGAAGAAAAAAAUGAUAAAUCACGAAACAUUUUUAUGAGAACGAGAA